UAUCUGCUCAGGAACAAAGUUCAUAUCAUCUGUCGGUUGCGUUGGCGUUCCCUCCCUGACAGCGACGGGAAAUUUCACUAAUGCUGAACUGACGCGUUUUUGCGCACUCUGUUCGGAUUCGUCGCGUUUUGUUUGUAGUUUAUUUUUGUUUCUACAUUUCGCUCUCGGUGCGCUUCCUGAGCCGGACGGCUUCGCUAUGACGAGCCUGAUGUCUGAAAAUGUUUUAUUCACGGCUCUGCAGCCAAACAACACCACCGUGAGCUCGUACGCCGUCCCACCGGAGACUCAGCUCCCGCACGGCGGCACGCACAUGGACGAAGCAGCGCGAGCCAGGCGCGUCCAGCAGCAGGUGGCCGAGAGACUCGCCACCCUGCCCCGGCGGAACAUCACCUCCACCUCCGCCUCCUCCACCUCGGCGCAGUACGCCACCGCCUCUUCCGCGCAGUACCCGAGCUCAGAUUACAGUAGUUCUGCUACACUGAUGAAGCUCCAGACCUACAAUCCUGGUUUCACCUCCAGGUCCCAUAUGUACGCCACCACCAGACCAGUAAUGGCUCACCGUGCAUCUCAGCACUCCUCCACCAGUGGCUACUCGUCUCGCUCAGCCAUGGAUUUUGGCACAAGAUCUCAGAUGAGUCGAGGGGUUGCAGGAGGAUUGGUGUAUGACCAUGAUGACACGGGUGUCAUGGCAGGGGGUGGCUACCAAGACAGGCAAUCUCAGCAGUAUCAGAGGAGCUCAACGAUGCACGCCAUGACCCAUGGUGUUCAUGACACAGACGCCACAUCAGUACAUUCACUACGCCUGCAUUCCUUGCCUCAGCAGCAGGUUGCCACUUGGGUGGCACGAAAUGGCAGUGAUGGAAGCCUGGGAUCAGACCAGGAUCCCACAUAUAAAAUCAACAAUGGUUACACAGCCACAUGUUCAUACCCAUUCUCUGUCACAGCCAAUGAGUUCAACUCUGGAACCAGGCAGACUUCAAUGACUCUGCCGAGCAUAAGACGUCCCCUCAGCGGAACCAUGGGCCACAACGGAGGCAUUGGAGUUAACAUGGAUGAGGAGGCCUAUGUACGUCAAACUUUCAAAGGCCCUGCACAGCGCACCAUCAGCAGGACUCGUCAAAAUCGCUGCUCCAUGUCAGCGGGGAGUAUGCAGGGAAGCUGCAGUGCAGGGGGCUUUGUCAUCGGUGGAAACGGCUCCCAGGGUACCCUGACUAUGGUAAAGCAAGGAAGGAUGUCUCGUGCUCCCUCCGUAAGGAGUAUGAUCAGUGUGGGCAAAGGCAGAGAUGUGUAUGAUGGCAUGGAAAUGACGGGCAGCAUGGGCAAUCUGAGCGGAUUGGGUGCUCUGGACCUCCACACUGCCGUGAGUUACCUUGAAUCAGAUGACAAAGACGAACAGGCACUUGGAGCUGCUUACAUCCAGCAUGAGUGCUACAACCACAAAGAGUCCAAGAAACAAGUAAACCAGCUGAAAGGCAUACCCCCGCUCAUUCAGUUGUUUAACAGUGAGAGUCAGAAGGUGCAACAGUUUGCCACUGGAGCAGCCAGGAACCUCAUCUAUGAGAACAUGGAAAACAAACUGGCUCUCAUUGAAUCUGGCGGAAUUCCUAAACUCCUACAUGCCCUAAAAGAACAAGAUGACGAAAUCCAAAAGAACAUCACUGGAAUUCUGUGGAAUCUCUCCUCUAAAGACACCCUAAAAGAGAAGUUGGCAAAGGAGAUACUUCCACAGCUGACUGAAGAAAUACUGAUGCCUCUCUCAGGCACUGGAGGAAGAGACAUAAUUGACCACAAUGAAUCGGAGGCAGACAUCUUCUUCAGUACUACUGGAUGCCUCAGGAACCUAAGUUCCAUCAGCAAACCGACCCGUCAGCAGAUGAGGAUGACUCAUGGACUAGUUGAGUCCCUGGUGUACUACAUUCAAAAAUCAGUGAAUGAUAGCAGAGUAGAGGACAAGGGAGUGGAGAAUGCUAUGUGUGUGCUGAGGAACUUGUCCUUUCAGCUGUACGAGGAGCUUCCCCCCUCAGUCAUGACGCGCUUGGAUGGCCCCGAUCGAAAUCAGGCUUCCGCUCGAGGCGAGCCUAUUGGCUGCUUCACACAUCAGAGCAGGAAAGCAAAAGGCAGCCAGAAUCAGGACCUGUCUACCUUUACGGAGGUGGCCAAGGUGCCUAAGGGAUGUGAGUGGUUGUGGCAUCCUCAGAUAGUAAAGGUGUAUCGUGAUGUCCUUAUACGCUGUGAAACAAAUAUUACCACACGAGAGGCUGCAGCUGGAGCUCUGCAGAACAUUACUGCCGGAGAUAAAAGGUGGCCAUCCAUACUGAGUCGUGUUGCAUUAGAACAGGGAAAUGUUUUGCCUACGGUUCUGGAUCACCUCACGACAUCCAGUGAUCUAGAACUGCGUACUCUCACUGGCUUGCUCAGGAACCUGUCCCGUCAUGCCAAGGACAAAAACAGUCUGGCCCCUAAGGUGGUGCCAAACUUAGUGUCACUGCUGCCAGCAGAUGGCCAUCCCCAGCUCCCUUCCCCUGAUGUGGUUAUAAACAUCUGUGGUGCACUUAACAACCUUGUAAGUUGUAGUGAGGUGGCUGCACGAGACAUAUCCUUCUUUGAUGGACUGGCCAAGCUUUCAGGCAUCAGGAGCUCUCACGAUAACAGUGCGCUCAAAAGCAAGCAAGCCAAAGCAGCAGCUACAGUGAUGUCCAACAUGUUCCAAUAUAAAAAACUACACAAAGAUUACAAAAAGAAAGGAUUCCUGAAAGAGGAUUUUUCAGAGUACAUCAUAUAAAGAAAGACUGGACCUGUCUGGAUGUAACUGUGUGUAUAUAAAUAAUAAAUGGCAAGAAAAAAGAAAAAUAACACAUAGCUGAAUAUUUCAGCUGUGACAUUUGGCUAGUGCAACACAACCUGCCCUAGAAUACAGGAAGAGCACAUCAGGAAAUCAACAGUACAAUUAAACAAAAUAUGCUGUUCAUUAUACUGGACUUGAUUGAUGGAGGAUGCACCUUAAUUAAAUUCCUGUAGACUUCAAUUUUUUUAAUCAUCAGGGAUUUUUGGCCACUGUCUCUUCUGGACACUCUUAACAGUGUGCGGCAAGAUUACUGACUGUUGUGUGUCUGUUUUCACAAAAAAAAGGCCAUUGCCUUAUCUUAUCAUAUGGUAGUUCAUGGGAUUCUUUUAUAUUUCUGAACUGUAAAUUGCUGUGACAGUUUUCCCCCUUAAACAUCAGGACUGAUAUCUGGGGGAGAUGGUUGUGGGAUGUAACAAAAAAUGUGAGCAGGAUGCUUAAUACUUUUAGACAGCACAAGUUCUAACUGUUGGGAUUAUCAGCAUUGCCAUAUUGUUUUGUUAAUGGAUCUGUGUUGUUAUAUUGAGCCUAUAAGUAAAAGGCUAUUUCUCAAUUCUUGCACUGCACAUAAUGAUUAAUACCAUACACAAUUUACUUUACAUCUACUAACGGGCUUUUUGUAGAACAGUUAGGGUAGCCUCAGUUAAGCACUUCUGUCUAGUAUUAAAUUGACUCUGUGUGUCAGCCAUUUAGAGAAAAGUUAAAUGACAGGUGCAAAGAUUCGGAUAUUUAUUUUACCCUGCAUCUCAUUGAAUUUCCAGAUGUGAAUGCACUGCUUGAAGCAAUGACAUUGAGACAUAGCUACUAACUAGACUAAACUUACCAGAAUAUAAGUCCUGCUGUAUUAAAAACUGAGUUUCGUAAAAUUCCAGAUGAAUGUAAAUCGUUGCUCAUCGUUUCCAGUGCAAAGCAGCUCUUGAUGCUUGAGUCAACAUUAUAUAUGAGUUUUUAACUUGGCAAGAUAAGUAUCUAUAAAUACAUUUACCUAAUAUAUUUAUAACAAUAUUGUACAAUUGUGGGCAAACUGGAAAUGGCAGUGGUAGGUUAGUUGUUACGUAUAUUGUAUCACAGACUAAAGAGGAUAAUGCAUCAUGUCAAAUAACUGUAGCCUAAAUACUCCAGCAACUUUCAGCAAUAGUACCUUGCCUAGACAUUUUCUAGGAAAUUCUUUCAUUUAAAAAUAUUUUUCUGUUAUAAAACCUGAAUGUUUGGGGUCUAUUGUUUGGAGUUGGUGUGUAUAUUUAGGCCAAGUUUGCAUUAGACCGUAUCUGUCUCCUUUUCUUCGCGGAUGCACUGUCCGUUUACAUUAAACCGCCUGGAAACGCCGGGAAACGGGAAUCCGCCAGCGUCCACGUAUUCAAUCCAGAUCGUGUCUGGUCCGGUGCUGUGUAAACAUUGAGAAUACGCGGAUACGCUGUGCUGAGCUCUAGCUGGCGUCGUCAUUGGACAACGUCACUGUGACAUCCACCUUCCUGAUUCGCUGGCGUUGGUCAUGUGACGCGACUGCUGAAAAACGGCACGGACUUCCGCCUUGUAUCACCUUUCAUUAAAGAGUAUAAAAGUAUGAAAAUACUGCAAAUACUGAUGCAAAUACUGCCCAUUGUGUAGUUAUGAUUGUCUUUAGGCUUGCCAUCCUUCCACUUGCAAGUGGUAAGUGAUAUGCACUGGGAUCACACACACAGCGGCUCAGUCCCGAAUCGUGGCUCGUGCACUUCACUCGCGCGCUCUGUGAGAUGCGCAGGGCCGGAGUGCGCACCCUCCAGAGGGCACUCGCUGUUCAGGGCGGAGUGAUUUGGAGCGCAGGAUGCCUGCGGAGCCGAGCGUAUCCGUGUAUUGGUGUUGCUGUGUGCACGCGAAUCGUGUAUUGGUGUUGCUGUGUGCACACUAAUCGUUUUAAAAACGUUAAUCUGAUGAUCCGCUGAUACGGUCUAAUGUAAACUUGGCCUUAGAUUGGUGUUCUAUGAAUCAACUCUAUGCAUUUUUAAUACUUUUCUUAAUUCUAUAUACUGUAAUUAUUAUUUUUUUAAUCUAAGGAAUUCAUAUUAGUAAAAGGACUAGGGUGUGUUUAAUUUGCCAAAUUCUGUAGUGAGAUUUAUCAAGGUUAUGCUGAAUAUAUUGUACACUGCCUGUUUCGAUAAAAUUAUUCAGUAAUAGUUUUAUUUCUGCUGUGUAUGGUACAGUUCUCACUUUGUAAGCACAUUCUUAGCUGUCAUAGGUUUCCUUGUUGAAUACAAAUAAAAUAAUAAUUGGAUGGA